AUGAAAGAUGGCCUUGUCUAUGCAGCAAUAUUCCGAGCUGUACAAAGGGGGAUUAUUGAGUUCGUUAUUCGUUUAUGUAAAGUAGAUCCGGAUAUAUUGUGGGAAAAUAAUUCAAUGGGAAGGAACAUAUUUCAGUAUUCAAUUGAGUGUCGCCAGGAAAAAGUAUAUAGCCUCAUAUAUGGGGUUGGUCAGAGAAAUCUUAUUGCAACAUUUGCAGAUGCUUCUGGAAAUGAUAUGCUACAUCUUGCAGGGAUGCUAUCUCCAACAGAAAAACUUGAUCGUAUUUCAGGUGCAGCCUUGCAAAUGCAGAGAGAAAGACAAUGGUUCAAGGAGGUGAAAAGUCUUGUAGUUUUACCCUCGGGAGUGGGAGCUUUCAAUAAACAGGGUAUGAGACCCCAUGAACUAUUUACCCAGAACCAUAAUAAAUUGAAGGAAGAAGGAGAAAAGUGGAUGAAAGAUGCAGCAACCUCUUGUACAGUUGUAGGUGCUCUCACUAUUACCAUCAUGUUUGCUGCAGCCUUCACGGUGCCUGGUGGAAACAAUGGAGGAACAGGCUUUCCCUUGUUCUUAGAUGAAAAGAUGUUUUUGGUUUUUAUAGUUUCAGAUGCUAUAUCACUCUUUUCUUCCACAACUUCAGUGUUGAUGUUUUUGGGAAUCCUUACAUCACGAUAUGCAGAAGACGAUUUUCUAAAAUCCUUACCCACAAAGAUGAUAAUCGGCCUUUCAACACUCUUGAUUUCCAUCGCUUCCAUGAUGGUUGCCUUUUGUUCUGCUCUUUUCCUUAUGCUUCAUGAAAAACUAUGGAUUGUCAUUCCAAUCAUUUUCCUCUCCAGCGUUCCAGUCACCUUAUUUAUUUGGAUGCAAUUUCCUGUUCUUGUUGAGAUUUUCAUUUCUACAUAUGGAGGAGGGAUAUUUGACAAGAAAGUGAGACGGUGGAUAUAA